AUGUCGUCAAAAUACCCGGACCACCUCUCUGCAGGCCCGGUAUCGCCUCGCCACUCCAAAUCGCGUGCAAGACGCGAAGCUUCGGGCGUAUUCUCUCUCUUCCAGGCCCCCCAGAUCCAACAAUUCAAGGAAGCCUUUCAACUCAUCGACCAUGACAAGGACGGCUGGGUGACCGAAUCAGAUCUCAAGGAAGUCUUUGCAAGUCUAGGGAUAUCCCCGACGAAGAAAAUGCUGGACGAGUUGCUCAGUGCACGUCCUGGUGGCACAGCCACCCCUCAUACGCGCCCCACACUGUCACCACAGGACCACGUCCCCUCCGCUGUCGAUAGAGGAAUAAACUUUACCAUGUUCCUGACCAUGAUGAGCGAACGACUGUUUGAAUUUGACCCGGAGGCGGAAUUAAAAGAGGCAUUCGAAUGCUUCGACGAAGGUGACACAGGUAUGGUCAAGGUAGACGAAAUGCGAAAAUGGAUGGGAGAGGUCGGCGAGAGAAUGGAUCAGCAAGAGAUCGACAAGUUCCUCAAAGGCUCGUUCACCGACCGACAAGGCAACUUCAACUAUAGGGAAUGGAUAAAGGUGUUGCGUGUAAACGACGAGGGAGACGCUGAACCCCAAUCAUGA